UCUUAAUUAAUACACAUAUAUAUAACAUAUAUAUAUAUAUACACAUAUAUUAUAUCAUUUCAUCAUCAAGAUUCCAUUUUGAAACAUGGGUUCUUCAAGAUUCUAUCUAAUUUGAACUGGGUCAAUCUUAAUUUUGUUUCAUUUCCCUUUAAUUAAUCAAAUCUUGUGCAAAAACAAAGUGCUGGUUUGAAAAAAAAAUUAAUUAAUUGGGAAAUGGACAAAAUGAAUUUUGUGAAAAAUGGUGUGUUGAGAUUGCCUCCUGGUUUUAGGUUUCACCCAACUGAUGAAGAACUUGUUGUACAAUAUUUGAAGCGCAAGGUACACUCUUUUCCUUUGCCUGCCUCCAUCAUCCCUGAAGUUGAUGUUUGCAAGUCUGAUCCUUGGCAAUUACCAGGUGAUUGUGAGCAAGAAAGAUUCUUUUUUAGCACAAAAGAAGUCAAAUACCCGAAUGGAAACAGGUCAAAUCGGGCCACACUAUCCGGAUAUUGGAAAGCAACCGGGUUAGAUAAGCAAAUUGUUACUUCAAAGAACAACCAAGUUGUUGGUAUGAAAAAAACGCUUGUGUUUUACAAAGGAAAACCACCAAGUGGAUCACGAACCGAUUGGAUCAUGCAUGAAUAUAGACUCGCAACCCCACAACUUACUAGCCCGGCCCAGGGUAAUGAAAAUUGGGUCAUAUGUAGGAUUUUCUUGAAAAAAAGAGGGAGCAAUGCUACCAAGAAUUUCGAUGAGAAUGCCAUAACAAGUAUUGGGGAUGUUAGUCAUUGCAAUGAAGUUAAACCGAAGCCAGUUUUUUACGACUUCAUGGCUGCGAAUAAGAGAAGGAGAACCGAUUUGAAUUUGAAACCGGUUUCAUCAUAUUCGGGUUCUAGUGGGAUCACAGAUGAUGCUUGUUCUUGUGAUGAGCUUGAAGAAAAUAGUAGUACUAAGGAUGAUGUUUUGAGAAAAAAACAGUCUUCAUAAAAUUAUUAGUCUUUGUAUUUUUGAUUUAGUUAUCUUCAAUUUAAUUUAAUUUACUAGUGGGUUCAUAA